GUACCACGUGGUGUCGGCGGCAUCUCCUCACCCCCCCCACCCAACUCUUCCUCGGGCUCCCUCGCGGCAAAAGAAACAUUCCCCGGGCUCCGUCUCCUUCGCUUUCGCAGCCAUGGCCGACGUCCUCGACCUUCACGAGGCGGUGGGCGCAGACUUCGAGAUGGACGACGAAGGCGACGAGAGUAUUCACAAGCUGAAGGAAAAGGCGAAGAAACGCAAAGGUCGAGGAUUUGUUGGAGAUGAAGGAGGCAGGAGCAGAAAGAAGGAGGACUAUGAGUCUGUGGAGCAAGAUGGUGAUGAGCCUGGACCACAGAGAUCGGUAGAGGGCUGGAUCCUUUUCGUGACGGGUGUACACGAGGAGGCCCAAGAAGACGACAUGCAUGACAAGUUUGGAGAGUUCGGCGAGAUCAAAAAUGUGCAUCUAAACCUGGACCGCCGCACAGGCUUCCUCAAGGGAUAUGCAUUGGUGGAAUACGAGACAUUCAAGGAGGCUCAGGCUGCCAUGGAGGGUCUCAAUGGGGCAGACAUACUGGGCCAGAAAAUUGCUGUUGACUGGGCUUUUGUCCGAGGCCCUCCCAAGCACAAGAGAAGGGGUGGUGGCCGCCGGCGCAGCAGAAGCCCGGACAGGAGACGACGGUGAUCUCACCCUGCUGUGACCUGCAGUGCCGACACCAUGCGUUUUUGAACCCUUCUAAACGCAGUUUCAUAUUCACGACAACGUGUACUCUUUUCAGCUUUGGUUAAAUAAUUGUCAUAGCAGAAUGCACAUUGAGUGAAAUGUGUGCAAUUUGCAACAACUAUUUUUACCUUACAUUAUUUUCCAAUGUUUUGGAAUUUAGAUUGUUUGAAUUCUGGUUUAAGUUGUAUGAUGAUGAAACUAGGUUUGUCUCGGAACGUUUGUGACAAGAUGGCUUUAUUUGGUUAUUUUAUUCACAAUUAUUCUUUGUAAAACUUGUUUAAUGUUUUGUUGUGAAAUGUUAGUCAAGUGUUUUACUGAAAUAAAACAUUUUGUGUAGUA